UCAGAAAAAUCCAAACUUUUACAUUUUUUAAUUAUUAUUUGUUUUAUAAUUUUGAUUGCCACCCAAAAGACCAAGUUGUGAUUUGUCAUAUUGAGGCGUAGGGGAUGGAUAAGUUUAUGGACGUGUGAGAAAGGCACAAAGGGGAUAGAUUUGUUUCAGGAACUUGUUUUCUGAACUGGGUUUCUCUUAGGUAUGGUUGUUGAGCUUUGUCUUAUGGCUUCUCAUGGGUACCCUUCUGGGCUUGUUUUGCACCAAGAACAAAGCAGAGUCUUUAAGCAGGAUUCUCAACCUCUUUUGCCAAGUUGUGGAGUUAGACAUGAGUUAAUUAGAUCAAGAUCACUUACUUUGAGGCCACAUCAGUGUGAGGAUCCAUGGAAAUCCAUAAGUGGGUCAUCCGAGUCUAAUCAGUUUGUCCAUAUUGACUCGACAUUUAAAAGGCCUGUGCUCAUUGACGUGCAAGAUGACCAGCCAGACUCAAUACUAUUUAGCUUUGGAAUUGCUGAGCAAUGCACAAAACAUGACAAAAUCUUGAAGUUCCUUAUGUCCAGACCAAGUGAAGUAGAGAGAAGUGGACUAGAUGUGUCUUUACUAUCUGACCUGAUGGGGUUACAAGCAUUGAAAACUGAUGCAUAUCAACAGCCAUUUGGUCCUUCUCUUAUCUACCCAAGUGGCCAACUCCAUGCCCCGAAGCCUAUACUGGACUUUGUGAGAGAUUUGGCCAGUAGUUCAAAAAUCGUAGUUCAGCCAGAUGGACGAGUCAUAUGCACAGAUACAGGGAAGGAGGUCAAUGAUCUACUUUCAGUUGUUGCUGAGUUCUAUGUAUCAAGAAACUCAUCCAAGUGUGGACAGCUGUCUAUGCUGGUUCCACGCUAUAGUAGAUUGGACAGCUAUGAAGCAGUGGCCAAUGUUCAUGGAUCUUCUAUGAAGCCUCAAGCUAUAACUGUAGCCCCUUUGAAGAGUCCCGAGAAAUUAAAGGUCAAGCCAUCACAAAAGAAGAAGAAUAGUAGGAAAGUAGGCAGAGAGAGGGACCUCUACAAGAAGAACUACUUCCAUGCAUGUGAGUGCCUUCUAUCGUUAAUGGCUCACAAGAGGUACCAUGGGAAAACGGCAAUCCUUUCCCUGAAGAAGUCUGGCCCUGAGCUUCCUGAGCUGCUGUCUCAAUUUUCUGUUGGAAUUGCUGGGACCGGCCUUGCUGUACUUUUCAAUGUCAUCUGUAAAGUAGCUUGUGGGAGGGUACCGUUCUGUGCAUCUAAGCUCUUUAGCACUGGUGUUGGUUUUGGGCUGGUUUGGCUAUCAUGGGCGGUGAAUAAACUGAGAGUCACAAUUGUCUAUAUUAGUAAGAAUGCAAGCAAGAUGGGUUUGAAGGAAGAGGAAAUGGUGAGGCAAGUGGACAAAAGUAUGCAGGAGAUUUACUUCAGAGCAGCGGCUUUGAUGGCUGUGGCAGUACUUAAGUUAGUAUGAUGGUUUGGAGAACACUUCAAUAAGGGGAUACCUAUAAUUGUAAAUGCCAUUGUGAAGUUGGGUGAUGAUCAGGUUGGCUUAAUCUUAUCUUAUUGUGCUUGACUGACUUUAGUUUUCAUUAGCAUUAAGUCACUCCAAUCACCAGUCAGCUAGUUCUUGCAGAAGUAAUAUAAUGUUAGAAUUAGGAGGGUUACAUUGAUAAAUCCUGUAGCAUAAGUAGUGUACAUCUUGAUA